AACAAAAAACAUCAUCUCAUCUCUACUCACUCUCUUUACUUUCCAGUAAUACCCAUAUUGCUCCUCUUUUGCUAGCAUUUGACGCUGAACGUACAUAAGAGACAAUACUAGCAGCAACAACAUGGCGUCUCUGGCAGUCAUCGGCGCAUCGUGGCUUACGGCUCUGCUACUUAUCCACCGAUACAUUCACCCAAUCUCAAACAUCAUAUUCUACCCACUUCUCCUCCUCGGUUUAGCCGCUCGACGAAUUUAUUACUGGCGCAUAUACCCGUUUUAUGUUUCAAAGCUGCGGGACCUCCCGCAACCAGACUAUCCGGUGCAUCCGCUGUACGGUCAUCUCCACGGCGAGGCGAUGAACCGCAACGACGGAGGCGCGACGCUGAAUUGGGCGGAAGCAGCUCCGCCAGGUACCCAUCUCCUUCGAAUCCUCGGCAUGUUAAACACAGAGCGCGUGGUAUUGGUCUCUUUGGCAGCGGUUCAGGAAGUGUUGCAGACGCAGUGCUACGAUUUUGAAAAGCCGCCAUUCCUAUCAAAGAGCUUGAACGGCGUGCUCGGAAAUGGACUCUUAUUUGCCGAAGGCGAAGUGCACCAACGUCAGCGUAAAAAACUUAUGCCUGCGUUCUCUUUUGGAAGAACCAAAAAGCUCGUGCCUGUUUUCCUCGAAGAGGCCACUCGACUCGUUAAAGUGUUUUCAAAUUCGAUCGACGCCCAGAGCAAGAGUGACGACAAGAAGCGGCCGACGGUUGAACUAGCAAAGCAGGUUUCGCGCCUGACACUUGACAUCAUCUAUCGUGCAGGUUUGGGUCUUCGCUUUGAUGCGCUCGAGAACCCAGAUAAUGAGCUCGCACGCGCGUAUGAAAACAUUGUUUCUCCCAAGGGUAAAGCUGGAAAGCUAUUUUUCCUUCUGUCGGCGCUGGUGCCAUGGUUUUAUCGAUUGCCGUUUGAGCGUAACAACGUGAUGCGACAAUCGCGCGCGACAAUCAACAAGUUUGCCACAGAUGCGAUUCAGAAGAAGAGGGAGAAGUUUGAGGCAGAAAAGGAAAAGAAGAAUGAAGAUGGCAAGAGGGAUGUUGAUAUUAUCAGUAUUAUGAUUGAAGGUGGGCCCGAAGAAUGGAGUGUACAGGGCAUGGCUGACCAGCUGCUUACAUUCCUGGUUGCCGGCCACGAAACAACAGCGUCCUCGAUGACCCUGGCAAUGGACCAACUCUGCAAGCAUCCCGAAUUACAGACCCGUCUUCGCAACGAAAUUCACACCGCAUUCCCGUCAGGAUACAGCUCGAUCAAAACCUACGAGGACGUGGAGUCUCUCAAGUUUCUCAACAAUUUCAUUCGCGAAGUUUUACGCUUUACACCGCCGGUGGUCGCGACUAUCAGGCAGGCGAUGAAGGACUCUUACGUGGCAGGACAAUUCAUUCCCAAAGGCACGUUCAUUACUGUUGCUCCAGGAGUUACAAACAAGCUCAAGAGUAUAUGGGGUGAGGACGCGCGCGAGUUUAAGCCGGACAGAUGGAACGACCCGGAGAUAUUGGCGGGCGGAAACAGUAUGGCUUUCCUGACGUUUAUCGCUGGUCCGAGGGCUUGUAUCGGACGACGGUUCUCGGAGCUCGAGUUCAAAUGCCUCUUGAUUGCCUUGAUCGGGCACUAUGAGUUUGCGUUUGUCGAGGGAGAGCCGGAGAUUAAAUUCACGACUAGGUUUACGUACAGGCCGGAGGGUAAUAUGCCCUUGGAAAUCAAGCGGGUGGAAUGGUAGAAAUGCAAUAGA